CUUUCCAGUGGGGACCAUUUCACUUGGUGCUCAGUGGAGCCAGAGCAAUCCUUUGAAAUGGCCAACAUAUGGGAGAAGCUAAAAAGUGAACAACGGAAGGAGCUGUGCAGUGUCCACAAGGAGAAGGUGAAGCUAUUUUGUAAAACUGACAAUCAGCCCAUGUGUGUUGUUUGUCAAAGUUCAAAAAGCCACCAAAGCCAUGAGCUGCUGCCUCUGGAAGAAGCGACUGAAGAAUUUAAGGAGGAACUUCGAAGCUUACUGAAGCCGGUCCAGGACAAGAAGAAAGAAUGUGAUGCUGUAAGAAACGACUAUAAGAGGACGUUAAGCCACAUUCAGGAUCAAGGUGUAAAGACAGAGAAACAGAUUAAAGCUGAAUUUGAAAAACUUCACCGGUUUCUCCGUGAGGAAGAGAGGAUUGUGUUGAAAGAUCUGAAACUAGAGAAAGAGGAAAAAUGUCGGGAGAUGAAGGAAAGGAUUGAGGAGAUUACAAAAGAAAUCUCAUCCCUUUCAGUCACUGUUCAGGAUAUUGAACAAGAGCUGAGGGAACAGGACAGCAUUAAGUUCUUAACGAAAAUUCUGGAAUCAAAGGAAAGAGUGAAGCAAACUCUCCCAGAGCCACAGAAGGUUUACCCUUUAAUAAAUGUGGGCAAGUACAUCGGCUCCCUGCAGUACAGAGUGUGGAAAAAGAUGCUGACAGUGAUUAAUACAGCCCAAGCCUGGUGAUUGCAUUUGACUGUAGAUUGUUUCAGUAUCUGAAGAGUUGGGAAUGGUGCUGAACAUUGUGC